UUUACGACAACCGAAGACACUGAUGAUGCAAGUUCCUUGAAAACGUGAACUAUGCCUAGAGUUUAGACUGGAUAAGAUUUGAUUGUUCACUGUAUUGAAAACAGAUAGAGACUUAAAAAUGGCUAUGUCCGCUGAAGAAAAACUGACCCUCAUGAAAAGGAAUUUGCAGGAAAUUCUUGGAGAAGAGAAACUUGUUGAGAUUUUAAAAACUCGGGAUGUGAAAAUUUAUUGGGGUACUGCCACCACUGGCAAACCACACAUUGCAUACUUUGUUCCCAUGUCAAAACUGGCAGAUUUUCUUAAAGCAGGCUGCGAGGUAACCAUUCUGUUUGCUGACCUCCACGCUUACCUGGACAACAUGAAGGCCCCCUGGGAGCUGCUUGAACUCAGGGUCAAGUAUUACGAAGCUGUGAUUAAAUCUAUGCUCAAGUCUAUUGGUGUAGAUCUCACCAAACUCAAGUUUGUCAAGGGAACUGACUACCAACUCAGCAGGGAAUACACACUGGAUGUUUACAAGCUUAGCUCUAUUGUUACUGAGCAUGACGCACGUAAGGCAGGUGCAGAAGUGGUCAAGCAGGUGGACCAUCCCUUACUUAGUGGCCUUCUUUACCCCGGACUCCAAGCGCUGGAUGAAGAAUAUCUGAAAUGUGAUGCCCAGUUCGGGGGUGUGGACCAGAGAAAAAUCUUUACCUAUGCUGAAAAAUACCUACCACAUCUUGGCUACACAAAAAGAUCACAUUUAAUGAACCCUAUGGUGCCAGGGCUGACAGGCUCCAAGAUGAGCUCAUCUGACGAGGAUUCCAAAAUUGACCUCCUGGACACCCCCGCCCAGGUGAAGAAAAAGUUGAAGAAAGCUUUCUGUGAACCCGGCAAUAUAGCAGACAAUGGGGUCUUGUCAUUUUGUAAACAUGUGCUCUUCCCACUCAGAGGCUCAGCUUUUGAAAUCAAAAGACCGGCAGAGUUUGGUGGAGAUAUAACCUACAGCAGCUUUGAGGAGCUAGAACAGGCCUUUGCUAAAGAGGAGGUGCAUCCAGGAGAUUUGAAGAAUGCUGUGGAGAAGUACCUGAAUGAACUUUUAGAUCCAAUCAGAAGAGAAUUCGAGUCACCAGAGUUGAAGAAAUUAACUGCUCAGGCCUAUCCAGUGGCUAAAAAAAAUGCUGGUUCUAAACCCAGCCAGAACACUGCGGCAGGGGGUGAUGACCUUGUUCCAUCCAGGCUGGAUCUAAGAAUAGGGAAGAUAACUUCUGUUUCACAGCACCCUGAUGCAGACUCACUGUAUGUGGAGACCGUUGACCUAGGGGAGGAGCAGCCCCGUACAGUCAUCAGUGGCCUGGCUGGGAUUGUUCCGAUGGAAUCUCUGCAAGACAGGCUAGGGGUGUUCCUCUGUAAUCUCAAGCCUGUCAAGAUGAGGGGGAUUGAGUCCACAGCUAUGUUGAUGUGUGCCUCCAUAGAAGAUCCUCGUCAAGUAGAGCCAUUAAUUCCACCUGAGGGCAGUGCACCAGGGGAUAGAGUGUUUAUUGAGGGCUACAACUCAAUCAAACCUGAUGAUCAACUUAAUCCAAAGAAGAAAGUCUGGGAAAAACUGCAGCCAGACCUGAGGGUAAAUGACAAGUACGAAGCAGAAUGGCAGGGCAGUGCCAUGUUAACUAAACUAGGACCUGUGAUCACCAAGACAGUGAAAAACUCACCAAUCAAAUAGCCCUCUAAACUAGUGUAGACCAUAUUUCAAUUUGUUUUAAGCUCAAUUUUGUUCUGAACCAGACACUGGUUGUUUUUGUUGAUUUAAAUGGUACUUGUUCCAGCACAUACAGUAAGAAGGUUAUAAAAGAUAAUGGAAGUCAAUGCAACAAUACUUCACUCUGGCUUGUUUUACCAGUGAUAUUUUGCUAGACUUAAUAGUGUGUUUAUAAAUAUAUAUAUCACACAAACAAUAUACAUUUUUUUUCAGUAGUGUGCUUUGAACUAUGUGAAAUCUUUUUACAUUAAGUUCUGUCAUUUUAACUUAGUCUAGAUAUAAAAAUUUUAGUUUGUAGAAUUUUCUGUAUGAAUGCUUUUAGUUUUCUAAUUCAUCUUAAACAAGUUUAAUCAUUUAAACUAAUUAGUAGGUAGAGUGUAGUCAUUAGUACAUGCUGCUGUAUUUAAUCAGUGGUCAUCAGUAAUUAUGUUAAUUAACUAAUUUUCUUUCAAGUCCAUUGGUUUUUCGAUUACUUUCUGUGUGUCACCCCUAAAAAUAUGAACCAUGACAAAACAUGAAAGGGUCAGACAUUAAGGCUGAUACAUAUUUCUGUAUGAAAUCCAUCUGGAUUUUUUUGGAUCUACAACACUGAUUAAAAAAAAUGUACGGGUGCUAAACCAAUCCUAAGGCUAAAUAGUCCCACAAGUUUCACAAAUACAGGAGAUGUAGUACAACUUGUUUAGUUUAGUCUUUUGAAAUUUGACAUUAGUUUAGUUUUCAAUGGUGGUGGUUUGUUUUUUUAAAUUAAUAUUGUUAAUCAAAGUAAUUCCUAGAAAAUUUUUGUCAUGCUAUUUUAGUAUGCUGCAAGCAUGGCAGUGAGGUGUAAUUCUUUUAUGUUAUUGUUACGUUAUGUAACAGGCUGCUGUCAGUUAAUGUGAAAAUCUCAUUGUUAAAGCUUAUGUGUGACUGGGGCCUGGGUUUAGGGUAGUCUCCAUAUGUUCCAACAGUUAGGUUGAAAUACCCUGGGUUUAGGGUAGUCUCCAUAUGUUCCAACAGUUAGGUUGAAAUACCCUGGGUUUAGGGUACUCUCCAUAUGUUCCAACAGUUAGGUUGAAAUACCCUGGGUUUAGGGUAGUCUCCAUAUGUUCCAACAGUUAGGUUGAAAUACCCUGGGUUUAGGGUAGUCUCCAUAUGUUCCAACAGUUAGGUUGAAAUACCCUGGGUUUAGGGUACUCUCCAUAUGUUCCAACAGUUAGGUUGAAAUACCCUGGGUUUAGGGUAGUCUCCAUAUGUUCCAACAGUUAGGUUGAAAUACCCUGGGUUUAGGGUAGUCUCCAUAUGUUCCAACAGUUAGGUUGAAAUACCCUGGGUUUAGGGUACUCUCCAUAUGUUCCAACAGUUAGGUUGAAAUACUUUACUAACAUUAUGACCAUGGUUAUACAAACAAUGUUUAUAAUGAGGUUGGCUUAAAAACAUUUUAGCUUGUAAAAACAUCUACUGAUGGAGAACAUGAUACAAUAAUCUGAACAAAUAAAUUGAGUGAACAAACUGUA